CGCAGCACAGGCCUCGUGCGGUAACGGCAUCCGGGCGGCCGCGGUGGCGUCCCGGUGCAGUCCUCAGGUGACUGGAGCCGCGGGCUCGGCGGAGGGAAGUACUGACGCUGCUGAAAAAUGGCUGAAGAAGUGGUGGUGGUGGCCAAAUUUGAUUAUGUGGCACAGCAGGAACAAGAGCUGGAUAUCAAGAAGAAUGAGAGAUUAUGGCUCCUGGAUGACUCUAAAUCCUGGUGGCGAGUUCGAAAUUCCAUGAAUAAAACAGGUUUUGUCCCUUCUAACUAUGUGGAAAGAAAAAAUAGUGCUCGGAAAGCAUCUAUUGUCAAAAACCUGAAGGAUACCUUAGGCAUUGGAAAAGUGAAAAGAAAACCCAGUGUUCCAGAUACUGCAUCUCCUGCUGAUGAUAGCUUUGUUGAUCCAGGAGAACGUCUCUAUGACCUUAACAUGCCUGCUUUUGUGAAAUUUAACUACAUGGCUGAGAGAGAGGAUGAACUGUCAUUGAUAAAAGGGACCAAGGUGAUCGUCAUGGAGAAAUGCAGUGAUGGAUGGUGGCGCGGCAGCUACAACGGACAAAUUGGAUGGUUUCCUUCAAACUAUGUAACUGAAGAAGGUGACAGUCCUUUGGGUGAUCAUGUAGGUUCUCUGUCAGAGAAAUUAGCAGCAGUUGUCAAUAACCUAAAUACGGGUCAAGUAUUGCAUGUUGUACAGGCUCUUUACCCGUUCAGCUCAUCCAAUGAUGAAGAACUCAAUUUUGAGAAAGGUGAUGUAAUGGAUGUUAUUGAAAAGCCGGAAAAUGACCCAGAGUGGUGGAAAUGCAGGAAAAUCAAUGGCAUGGUUGGCCUGGUGCCAAAAAACUACGUUACCAUUAUGCAGAAUAAUCCAUUAACCUCGGGUUUGGAACCAUCGCCUCCACAAUGUGAUUACAUUAGGCCUUCACUCACUGGGAAGUUUGCUGGCAAUCCUUGGUAUUACGGCAAAGUCACUAGGCACCAGGCAGAAAUGGCAUUAAAUGAAAGAGGGCAUGAAGGAGACUUCCUCAUUCGUGACAGUGAAUCUUCGCCAAAUGAUUUCUCAGUAUCAUUAAAAGCACAAGGGAAAAACAAGCAUUUUAAAGUCCAGCUGAAAGAGACUGUUUACUGCAUUGGGCAGCGGAAAUUCAGCACCAUGGAGGAACUUGUAGAACAUUACAAAAAGGCACCGAUCUUUACAAGUGAACAAGGAGAAAAAUUAUAUCUCGUCAAACAUUUGUCUUGAUAGUGCUCAUCAGCAGUGACUGCUACACAGCUUUAACUCGUCAUGUAACUGGAGACUGGGAAAGUGUUGGGCCAACUCUAUUUGCUUGAAACGUGCUGUUUCUAACUAUAUGAGAAUUGACUAUAAUACAUGAGUAUUUUUGUUAUAACUCAGCCCAUACAUGUAUACUACAUAUGCAGUGCAUCUCUAUAGAAGAGUUCCUUUAUUCUUGGUCUUCUGUCUUACUUUUUUCUUUGCUGUUUUUCUCUUUCCUUCCAAUAAUUAAGGUUUUGUAUUUUGAAACAAGUACUUUGGUUCAAAAUCUUUAUAUGGAAGAAUUCUUUUAUUGCUGUUUCUUUAUUUCCUUGUAAAGAUAUCCAGUUCUCCCAUAGUUCCUCUUCACAUGAAAUUAUAUCUAUAUGGCAUAUGAUAAAGGACAUUUCUUGUAAAGUGUUAAUCUUUUCUGUGACUAAAUAGCAAUAAUAAACAGAAAAUAAGAAAUUA